UUCUCCAUAGCCUCAAGCCUAAACAUCUUGAGAAAUCUACAGCAAUGGCAAAGUUUCUUUUGGUGUGCUUUUGUUUAGCAAAUACCCUUUUGAGUCUAACCAAUGCUGCAAACCAACCUCAAAUUAAUUUUCAAUCUCCUUCAACAUUAUCUUCAAACCCUCCUGCUCAGAGUCCUGGUGACCAGAGAUCAGAGACAAUUGAACCCUCUAUUGGAAGGAAACUUGGUAAGCACCAACGUAACGAAAUCAGGUCCUCUGAUAGCAGAAGUCCUGCGCCGUCUGAAGCACCGAAAAGUGAAAAAAAUGUGCAAUCUGGUUCUGAAGGGAGCAUUGAAAGAACUUCUAUUGAAGCAGAAAAUGGAGUUUUGGGUUCUCAUCAUGGUCAGAUUCAUUUGACGAGGCAGCACCACCACUCAUUUGACAAGUCCAUAGCAGGAGCAGGAGUCAUUCUUGGAGGUCUUGCCACCACAUUCUUGGUGUCAGUUUUCUGCUAUAUAAGAGCUACUGAAAGGAACAAGCUAGAAACAACAGCUUAGAGCCCCAUCAAAGAACUUUUGUUUUCACUUUUUCUUCUACAUCAAUUCCUUGUCUCUGUAUAUGCAUAGUGUAAAUGGAGCUAAUGAAAAGAUUGAGAUUUGUUUGCAGGUUAAAUUUGUUCAAUUGAAAAAUUCAAG